AUGGAAGCCCGCACCCCAUUCGACUCCGCCAUCGACGACUGGUAUCGCCAACCUGAGAACGUUGAGGGCAUCAUCAAAACACUGGAAGAAAAAUCUGAAAUUAAAUUCGUCUUUCGAAAGAACCAGGUGGUGGACGGGUCAAGGGCAGGUGACCACCAGAUCGAAGCAUCAGCCGAACACAUCGCUCGCUGGGAUACGCGAGUCCCUGAAAAUAUUUUCAAGGAAGGCUUCGCCCCGCGGACACCUCGGCACUGGACUACAUUUGGCAUGCAUAACUUCAAGAGUUACCAGCAGUCCCAAUCUGUCGCCUCGGUCUUCGUGGCAACCGCUCGCUGCUUCCAGGACGACAAGAGUAAACCCGCAAUGUGGAAGCCACAAAACUGGAACGACGGCACCAAAUACAAGUACGCGGUCAGCGGUUGUUACGGUGGAAUUGAUGUCAACGCGACUAUAGCACAGAAUAAAGCUAGUCACUUCAAGAGCGAGCACGAGAUUACAUUUGUUGGUGGGAUCAGGAAAGAGUUCAUUCCUUUCGCGGUCGAGUACAAGGAUGGCGUGGCAAUAAAGAUCUGGGAGAACGGUCAGAUAAAACAGGUGGUUGGAACUACCUUUCCGCGUCCUCCUAAUGUCGAUGUGUAUAUAGUUUCGCCCUAA